GACCAUGUGUGUCUUAGAAACACUGUAGCAUCCCUGUCUCCCUGAAUUUGCCUCCCAGGAGGCUGGCAGCCACACCUCAUUCCUUCUGGUGUUGAGUGGCCAGGGCGCCUUGGGUCAAUCAGGCUUGGGUUUCUCAGCAUGGCCCCUCUAGCUAUGUGGCCUUGGAUUUGUCACCUCUCUCUGAGCCUUUGUGUCGGAAAAGGUAGAAUAAACAUGACAGUCUUAUUUCUCAGAAAGGUCAAUGAAAAAAGAUGACGGCAGCCAACCAACUGUUCCCACAAGGUACUCAGCAGAGUGCCUAUCACUUAGCCAGAUCACAGGAUGUGGGAGGUAUGGGCCCCUAUGUGUUCUUGCCCAGGCCCAGCCCCUUUCCUUGCCUCAUUGCUCCCUAUCUGUGAAAUGGAGCUGAGAUGGCUGGAGCCAGGGUCCAGCUAGAGGACAUGCCCACGUGGCAUCUUCAGGGCCCUGGAGGAAGGAGUGGGAGGAGGAUGGGAGGGGUGAGGUGUCAGUUCCCCAUUGGUCUAGGCCAGGUGUUCUGCGGCAGUCCCCACACCACACAAGCACAUGCACAUCUGCACCUCAGCCACAUCCUACGCUUGCUGAACUGGCUCCUGGGGCCAUGAGGCUGUCACUGCCACUGCUGCUGCUGCUGGGAGCCUGGGCCAUCCCAGGGGGCCUAGGGGACAGGGCCCCACUCACAGCCACAGCCCCACAACUGGACGAUGAGGAGAUGUACUCAGCCCACAUGCCCGCUCACCUGCGUUGUGAUGCCUGCAGAGCUGUGGCUUACCAGAUGUGGCAAAAUCUGGCAAAAGCAGAGACCAAACUUCGUACCCCAAACUCUGGGGGGCGGCGGGAGCUGAGCGAGUCGGUCUACACGGAUGUCCUGGACCAGAGCUGCUCCCGGAACUGGCAGGACUAUGGAGUUCGAGAAGUGGACCAAGUGAAACGUCUCACAGGCCCAGGACUUAGUGAGGGGCCAGAGCCAAGCAUCAGCGUGAUGGUCACAGGAGGCCCCUGGCCUACCAGGCUCUCCAGGACAUGUUUGCACUACCUGGGGGAGUUUGGAGAAGACCAGAUCUAUGAAGCCCACCAACAAGGCCAAGGGGCUCUGGAGUCAUUGCUGUGUGGGGGACCACAGGGGGCCUGCUCAGAGAAGGUGUCAGCCACAAGAGAAGAGCUCUAGUCCUGGACUCUACCCUCCUCUGAAAGAAGCUGGGGCUUGCUCUGAGGGUCUCCACUCCUAUCUGCAGGCAGCCAGGAGGGCAGGAAGACCUUGCUCUGUGCUGCCAUCCUGCCUCCUUCCUCCAGCCUCAGGGCCCUGGGGCCUGGGUGGGAGCCAAGGCCUUCUCCUCUGGACUCAAAUAAAACCCAGUGACCUCA